AUGCCCGAGAUGGUUGCCUUCAACAGCCCGGAGACGGUCAUCCCGACCAUCUCCGAAACCGAUCGGCCACGGAAACCGCUGAAAAGGAGAACCAGUGCGCUGAACACCAUACUUUACUACCUCGACCUAGAGCAGCGUUCCGGCGAAGAUGCCAAAGAGAACCAGUGCAUCCGAAUACUUAUAUUUGCCGUUCUAUUUCUAGUAUUUGUAGCGAGUGCAAUUGGAUUCUUUAUCAUGUGGUGCACCAACAUGUACAACAAUUCCCUACUAAAGCAAUUAAUACUUAAGGAAAAUUCCACUGCUGCCGAAUGGUGGGCCAGACCGCCCGUGUAUCCGCUACUUAAGGUGCACGUAUUUAACUACACUAACGCGCAGGAGUUCCUCGACGGGAAAGCGUCCAAGCUGCGGGUGGAAGAUUUGGGCCCGUACGUUUACAAAGAAACGGCAAAGAAGGUGAACGUAUCGUACAACGGUGACGGAACCAUCUCAUACCGGGAGUAUCGCGACAUUCAGUACCUACCGGAGGAAUCGAAAGGCAAACCGUUCGAUCAGGUCGUGGUACCGAACGUGGUGUUCCUUACCGGUGUGUCCAAGAAGCGUGUGGAGGGCACCUGGAAUCAAAUCACGUUCAAUGUCGCCGCUAGUACGGCUGGCUCAUCGGCGUUCAUCAAAAAACCGGUCGAAUCCUUGCUGUGGGGAUACGAGGACGAAUUGCUAAGUCUCGCCAAAUCCAUGUUUGGCACAGAAAUCGAAACGUCCAAGUUCGGAAUGCUAAUGACACGCAACGGUACGAGUGCGGAGAAUUUCACCGUCUUUUCCGGCGAAUCUAGUCUGCAGCAGCUGGCCAUUAUCAAACACCUGGACGGUAAGCCGCGGCAAGAUUUGUGGCACACGGACGAGUGUGAUCAUGUCGGCGGUACCGAUGGGUCCCAGUUCCCGCCCCAUCUGAUGGACCGCAAGCAACCGCUCAAGGUGUUCAUCAAGUCGCUGUGCCGAAAGUUCCCGCUCGUCUACGACAGUGAGGUGACGGCACUGGACGGCAUCCCGGCGUGGCGCUACAAAAUUCCAACCAACGUGUUCUCGCAUCCGGACGAGCACAUGCCGAACCAUUGCUACUGCCAUCUGGACACCGGAUCGUGCCCGCCGAGCGGGUUGUUCAACAUAACCGGCUGUUCGAUGGGUGCGCCCAUCUUCGCCUCGUUUCCGCACUUCUACACCGGCGAUCGGCAGCUGAUCGAGUCGAUCGAGGGCGUGGAACCGGUACAGGAAAAGCACGAAACGUACGCCGACGUGCACCCGCGGUUAGCAUUCCCGAUUGACGGUGCGUCACGGUUCCAGAUCAACGUGCAGGUGCAGAAGGCAGCCAUGGUUUCCGGACUUGAAAAGUUCAAGGAGGGCCAGUAUUUACCGGUGAUCUGGCUGGAGGUUGUGCCGGGUGUCAUCUCGGACGAGCUGCGCGCCAUGAUCUACCACAGCACGUACAGUGCGAACGCGAUCCAGAUGUCACUGCGUGUCGGUACGCUGGCAAUCUUUGUGCUUUCGUUCGUGCUGCUCAUUGCCAAAUGCUACUACCAUGCGAGAAGUUCCAGGAAAAAGUAA